AGACAUACAUUUUAUAGUCAUAGUGCAUGAAUAUUAGCUCCAUAGCUUCCUGCCUCGAGCAGGAAGAGAAGAGGAGAGAAGUGAGGUUUCUUCCUGAGAGUGCAGGGGUGCUGCAGGGGCUGGAGAUGGGUCAAGUCAGUGACAACUUAUGAGGAGGAGGCCCAAGAAAGCCAGGGAGGGGAGCAGGGAUGGUUUGCACGCAGCCUGGGAGGGCCUCACUGAAGUCAGAAAGGGGCUGUCUUUCCUGGGAGCUCCGUUUCGUCCACCCCACGGGGUAUCCCCAGGGCAUGAGCUCUGACUCUGACUCUGGCUCCCCUGGAACGUGGGCUACAUAUUGGAACAUAAAAGUAAGCUCAUCCGUAAACAUUUCCCACUUGCAAAUUAAUCAAGAAUUUGGUUUUAAAAGGUGAGCACAGACACUGCAUCUAACCAUGUAGGGAAAGUUAUUCUUUUUGAAAGCAACCUUGAAAUUUAUUAUAGGGUGAUGAAGCAUUAUGACAGAGCUUUGUGAAUUCAUUUUUUAUAAUGAAUCAUUAUAGAGUGGAAAGGUAAGUUGAACAAUAAAUAAUUCUGUAUAACUACCACAUACAGGGGAAGGGACAGCAACUGUGGCCUCCUACAUGUACGGAAUAGCCUGACCUUGCUCUUAGAUCAAGACCAGAACCCUUCACCCAGCCACUUGGGUCUGCUCCUACAUCCUUCUGCAGCCUCCCCUCUUAUCAUUUGCCUUCCUGCUGUCUGCUCUAGACACAGCGGUUCACAAACAUUUUGGUCUCAGGACCUCUAUUUUUAAAAAUGAUGGAGGACCACAAAGAACUUUCGUUUAUGCAUGUUAUAUCUACUGAUAUUUACUGCAUUAUAGUCAGCCCUGGAAGUCUAGUGGUUAAGAUUCAGCACUGCUGCAGCCUGGGUUCCUUUCCCAGUCAAGGAACCACCUCCCUUCUCCCCUCCAUUGGUUGUCAUACUGUGGUGGCUGCGUGUUGCUGUGAUGCUGAAAACUGUGCCACUGGUAUUUCAAAUACCAGCAGGGUCACCCAUGGUGGACAGGUUUUAGCAGAGCUUCCAGACUCAGACAGACUAGGAAGAAGGACCUGGCCACCCACUUUUGAAAAAAUUGGCCAUGAAAACCCUAUGACUAGCAGUGGAGCAUCAUCUGAUGUAGUGCCAGAAGGUGAGAGGAUGGCACAGAAAGACCAGGCAGGGUUCCACUCUGCUUGACACAGGGUCACUAGAAGUUAGAAUCCACUCAACAGCACUAACAACAAAUUUACUACAAUAGAAAUUACAACUGAGAAUUUUUUAAAAUAUUUAUUUAAAAAUAAUAAAAGUUUAUUCCAUGUUGACAUAAAUAUUUUUAUGAAAGUUAACAAUGUUUUCCAAAAUAAAAAUAAUUUAGGGUAAAGAGUGACAUUGCAAAUCUAUUUAAUGUCUGACUUAAUAGAAGAGGGUGGAUCUUACGCCUGCUUCUGCAUUAGAAACUGAGGGUGAGAUACAUCAUACAUCAUACAUCAUGUAGCUCCUAGAAAGUUCCACCGUACACUCCUGUGAGAAUGUGUGUAAAAAGGCAAAUAAUGUCUUAGUAUGACCAGGAAAUAGUUUUGAUCUCACAGCCCUCCUAAAAGGGUCUUAGGGCCUCCCAGGGGUCCUGGACCACACUUCCAGAACCACUGCUCUAGACUCACAGGCCUUCACCUGUAAGUCGGAAAUAAGUCAACAGGGUGAAUGAAAGGGAUAAGGGGAAAUAAGGUUGGAAGGUUAAGCUGAGGCUACAGUAUAUCCUGUCUUAUUUGGACAUCCUCAUCUUCUGGGAAGGAGUUGAGCAUUCGUGCCGAAAGGCAGACAACAAUUAGGGACAUUCCAAAGCCCACUCUGAAUUUACCCUGUUUCAUAUUUCUCAAAGGUCUUUUUCAAGCAUCAUUUCAUUUAAUCUUUAUCGUAACUCUAUGAGAAAACCAGGACAUCUAUUGUUCUCCCUUUUCACGCAAGGAAAUAGGGAUGUUCAGUGGCUUGCUCAAGCUCACCCAGUUCCUUGAAGGAUUCUGAACCCACACCUUGGAUCCCUAAGUCCUUCCCCUGUGCAGGUUGUCUUCCUUCAUUGUGAGGUUGACCCCCGUACACAGGGGCCGGGUGAUAGAAAUUGUGUGCAGAAGGAAUUGAAAGCAGAUAUUUAAGCUCACUUCUGUUAUAGUGACUCAGGUAUGUACCAAUGUAUUCCCUUUUCUGAUUCUUUAGCAAAUAGAAGUAGUUAAUGUGCCAGAGAGUCUCAAUUGUAUCAUUUGGCCAGUACAAUUGAAGUUUGCAUGUCUAUAAUGAGAAGAAAAUUCACCAUUCAUUACCAGGACUAGGGAGAGUAGAUUAAAGAAAAUGCUAUCCACAACCCAAGUUAUUAAACUUUUAAAAUAUCCAAAGGGCGAUAGGAAGACCUUGAUGGGCACUUUUUAAGGUGUCCACCGACUUGGAAAGAACGGGGGAGGUGUGUGGACUGAGUGCUGACAGCCGGGCUCGUUUCUGGACUUUGUGGGCAUAUCUGUGAUGAUUUCUUCCAGUGCCCUUUAAGCAACUACUCCCAUCCUACCAUCUGCCGAGAGGAAGACCAAAAUCCUUGAAUGUAUGUGAGGCUGCUUGUUGUUCUAUUACAAAUUGCUGUCUUUUUUACACUUUACACCGUGUUGACUUAUGCUCUUAUUCAUUCUUUCCUUUGAAGAUUGGGUCUACACAGGGUGGCCAAAUAGUUCCAAGAACCAUUCUGACAGUAGCUUUCUUGUUUUCUAAUUGCAGUAAAAUACACCUAAGAUAAAAUGUACUAUCUUAACUACUUUUGAGUGUACAGUUCAGUAGUGUUCUGUACAUUCACAUUGUGCAACCAACCACCAGAACUCUUUUCGUCUUCCAUUGAACAACUCCCAAUUUCCCCCUCCCUGCUAACCCCUGGCAACCACCUUUCUACUUUCUGUCUCUAUGAAUUUCACUAUUCUAAGUACCUCAUAUAAGUGGAAUCAUAGUAUUUGUCCUUUUGUAUCUGGCCUAUUUCACUUAGCAUAAUGUCCUCAAGGUUCAUCCAUGUUGUGGCAUGUAUCAGAAUUUCCUUCCUUUUUAAGGCUGGAUAAUAUUCCAUUGUAUGGAUAGACCACAUUUUGUUUAUCCAUUCUUCUGUCAGUGGACACUUGGGUUGCUUCUACUUUUUGGCUAUUGUGAAUAAUGCUGCUAUGAAGAUGGGUGUAGAAAUUUCUCUUUGAGACCUUGCUUUCAGUUAUUUUGAGUUGACAGCAGCUUUUGAUGGAACGGAUUAGUAGUGUACAUCUGCAAGGCCGAGGCCCAGGAGGCCGCAGGGGACCCAAGGAUCACAGAAUUUCUCUAGCAUGAUCUCGGCAUAGUCUGGUUUUCCAAGGUGACUGCUCAUGUGGAAAGCCUGUGACAGAUGAGCUGUUUUAAAUGAAGGCUCAGUUUGGGGAGUUUCAUCUACUUGAAAAUAUGUUUUAUGUGAUUUUAUGCUGUAAAAUUUCUUUCCUAAUGGAGCAACUAUCAUGGCUUACAGGAUUGAAAAACAAUGUAUCCUAGAAAUUUUACACGAAGUAGUUUUUUUUCUGGGCCUCUAUAAAAAAAACAACUUAUUUCUUUGGUCCUUUCUUUGAAUAAUUCAAAUUCUAUUCUAUGGCUUUGACCUGUAGUACAUCUAAAAUGGGUUAUGAUUUAUAUUCUUUGAGAAUAUAUAAUUAGAAUUAUUUCAGUCAAAUGCCUGUUGGAAUGUGUAAAUAAUUUUGCUGGGUUUUCUGAUUCUAACUUUUGAGUCAGCCUAAGUCUUUACCUUGCAGCGGUUCCCCCACUCCUGCUAGUCCAGACUUGCUUUAAUUAUUUUUAUGUCCCUAUAUAUCUGUACAGCUCUUUCACAGACUCUUUCUGGAAACGUCUGCUACAUAUUCAGAGGUGGCUGCAUGUGCCUCUCUUCUGUACAGCUGCGACAUGGCAGUGUCAAUGACGGCUCCCUUUGGAUCUCUCAUGAUUGUCUACGUGUUUUUCUGCAGCAACUUUCUCCUCGAUCCGCAGUGUCUUGGCAGUAGGGCAGUUUCUAGAAAGGAGGGAGCUCUUGUUAUCAUGCUUAGGAUGCAGUAAGUUACCACCAGUUGUUGAAUUAUUCCUAAACUCUGUUUUCUUCUCUUUUUUGCUCACUCUUCCUGUCUCACUGCCUCUUGGAACAUGGAACCGGGACCUGCCCAUCAUCUGGAAAAAAUGUCAUCUCUGGGCUUUGGGAUGUGGAUCAUUUCUCGAGCAUGUGGGAAGGAAGAUUCCAAGAAAAACCUUUGAUUAGCAUAUUAUAGAAGUGGCUUCUGUACUUUCCUUAAAGUACUUAGCAUGACUGAUUCCUGGAAGAAAGAAAUCAGGCAAUAGUGUUUACUUCCAGUAACUGAAAUAAGUGACACCUAUGUUUAGUCCAAAGAGAAUAUAUCAGGAGAAGAGAAGGAAGCAUUGGAAAAUAGUCAUUUUUAGUGACUUGGAAAGGAAAAUGUGCGAUUUUAAGUGAACAAUCCACCAUGACGACUGAAUCCGGCUCAGACUCGGAGGCCAAGCCGGAGGCGGAGGCGGCGCCGGCGGCGGCGGGGGCGCCGGGGCCGGGCGGCGAGGAGCAGCGGCAGGCCCCGGAGCAGUUCGCGGCCGCGGCGGCGCACAGCACCCCCGUGAGGAGGGAGGUCACCGACAAGGAGCAGGAGUUUGCUACUGGAGCUGCAAAGCAGCUUGAAUAUCAGCAAUUUGAAGACGAUAAACUUUCUCAGAAAUCAUCUAGCAGUAAACUAUCUCGAUCUCCGUUAAAGGUCAUCAAAAAGCCUAAAAGCAUGCAGUGCAAAGUGGUACUUCUGGAUGGAUCAGAGUAUACCUGUGACGUGGAGAAACGCUCCAGAGGCCAAGUGCUGUUUGAUAAAGUAUGUGAACAUCUGAACUUGCUAGAAAAAGACUACUUUGGGCUUACGUAUCGAGAUGCUGAAAACCAGAAGAAUUGGUUGGACCCUGCUAAGGAAAUUAAAAAACAGAUUCGAAAUGGUGCUUGGCACUUUUCAUUUAAUGUGAAAUUUUACCCACCAGACCCCGCCCAGCUCUCUGAAGAUAUCACCAGGUACUACCUCUGCUUACAGUUGCGAGAUGACAUUGUGUCUGGAAGGCUGCCCUGCUCCUUUGUCACCCUGGCACUGCUGGGCUCCUACACUGUCCAGUCAGAACUUGGAGACUAUGACCCAGAUGAAUGUGGGAAUGAUUACAUUAGUGAGUUCCGCUUUGCACCAAACCACACUAAAGAGCUGGAAGAUAAAGUGAUUGAACUGCACAAGAGCCACAGAGGAAUGACACCAGCAGAAGCAGAGAUGCAUUUCUUGGAAAAUGCCAAAAAACUAUCCAUGUAUGGGGUAGAUUUACAUCAUGCCAAGGAUUCUGAAGGAGUAGAAAUUAUGCUAGGAGUUUGCGCAAGUGGUCUCUUGAUAUAUCGUGACCGACUACGAAUAAACAGAUUUGCCUGGCCUAAGGUUCUAAAAAUUUCAUACAAACGGAACAACUUUUACAUUAAGAUCCGGCCGGGAGAGUUUGAGCAAUUUGAAAGCACCAUUGGGUUUAAGCUGCCAAACCAUCGAGCUGCCAAGCGUUUAUGGAAAGUAUGUGUUGAACACCAUACAUUUUUCAGACUGUUGUUACCAGAAGCACCUCCAAAGAAAUUCCUUACCUUGGGUUCCAAGUUUCGUUACAGUGGCAGAACACAAGCCCAAACAAGAAGAGCCAGUGCGUUGAUAGAUCGUCCAGCGCCUUACUUUGAACGCUCGUCCAGCAAACGUUACACCAUGUCUCGAAGCCUGGAUGGAGCGUCAGUGAAUGAAAACCAUGAAAUAUACAUGAAGGAUUCUGUGUCUGCUGCAGAGGUUGGUACUGGCCAGUACGCCACAACAAAGGGCAUCUCUCAGACGAACUUGAUCACCACUGUGACUCCGGAGAAAAAGUCCGAGGAGGAGCGCGGUGAGGAGGAGGACAGACAGAAGCAGGCAGAGGAGGCCACGCCCGUCGCAGCAGUCCGACAGGAGGGAAAGUCACCUGGGCUUGGCACUGACUCAUGUCCCCUGUCCCCUGCAUCAGCCCAUCGUCCCCCUGCAUCUCCCACAGAGCUCCCUAGGAGGUGUAAGGAGAAUGACCACCAACCACCAGGUUUCGAGCCAUCCAAAGAAACUGUGCAUGUGCACGGAGAGCCCACCUUGGACUCUGAAGGCAAAGGGAAGCCAUAUUUAGGGGACCAAGAUGUGGCCUUUAGCUACAAACAGCAACCUGGCAGAGGGACCACCCUGUUUUCCUUCUCCUUGCAGCUCCCUGAGUCAUUCCCUUCUCUUCUAGAUGACGAUGGCUACCUCUCUUUUCCCAACCUGUCUGAAAGCAGCCUCCUCCCGCAGAGCUUGCAGCAUUAUCUCCCAAUCCGCUCACCCUCCCUCUUGCCCUGUGUCCUCUUCAUCUUUUUCUUCCUGCUCUCCACCUCCUUCUCAGUGCCGUAUGCCCUCACUCUCUCCUUCCCUCUGGCUAUGUGCCUCUGCUACCUGGAGCCCAAGGCGGCCUCCUUGAGUGCCUCACUAGACAAUGACCUGAGUGACAGUGCAGAGGAAGAGACUGACAGUGAGCGCACAGACACUGCAGCUGACGGGGAAACCACCGCCACAGAGUCGGACCAAGAGGAAGAUGCAGAGCUCAAGGCACAGGAGCUAGAUAAAACUCAAGAUGACCUGAUGAAACAUCAGACCAAUAUUAGUGAGCUGAAAAGAACCUUUUUAGAAACCUCCACAGACACCACCGUGACGAAUGAAUGGGAAAAGAGGCUUUCCACCUCCCCCGUGCGACUGGCCGCCAGGCAGGAGGAUGCGCCCAUGAUUGAGCCACUGGUCCCUGAAGAGACUAAACAGUCUUCUGGUGAAAAGCUCAUGGAUGGCUCUGAAAUCUUCAGUUUAUUAGAGUCUGCAAGAAAACCAACAGAAUUCAUAGGAGGGGUUACUUCUGCUGCUCAGAGCUGGGUUCAGAAAACAGAAACCAAGACGGAGUCCACCGAAACAACCCAGCACCCGCACCCACUGGGCCCUGAGAAUAUUGUGCAGGAAACCGUGCUGGUGGAGGAAAGACACGUGCAGCAUGUGCACGCGAGCGGGGAUGCCUCUCACGUGGCUGCAGAUGACGGGGAUGCCGCAGCCCAGGCAGCAUCUGCUGAUGCUUUUAGCGCUAAAGGGAAGGACGGUUCUGCUCUGACUGAGGAGGCUAACGAGGAAAAAGGAGAGGUGGCCGAUCAAGCUGUCCUCAAACCAGAAGAGAUGGCCACUGCUUCCCGUGAGCCAGAGGAGGAGCAGGGUGCGGCAAUCCACAUCUCUGAAACUUUGGAACAAAAACCUCAUUUUGAGGUACAGCCAUCGGCUCUGAAGACAGAAACCAUCAGUUUUGGCAGUGUUUUACCAGGAGGAGUAAAGCUUGAAAUUUCUACCAAGGAAGUACCAGUAGUUCACACAGAAACGAAAACCAUAACGUAUGAAUCCUCACAGGUUGAUCCUGGGGCUGAUUUAGAGCCGGGUGUGCUGAUGAGCGCACAGACGAUCACAUCUGAAACUACCAGCACCACGACCACCACGCACAUCACCAAAACUGUGAAAGGGGGCAUUUCAGAGACAAGGAUUGAGAAGCGAAUAGUCAUCACAGGAGAUGCGGACAUUGACCAUGACCAGGCUCUGGCUCAGGCAAUUAAAGAGGCCAAAGAACAGCACCCUGACAUGUCAGUGACCAGAGUGGUGGUCCAUAAAGAGACGGAGAUCACCCCAGAAGAUGGAGAGGACUGAACCCAGGAAUAGCUCAGCCUGCACACGAAUCCAGGCAUGCCACCCGCUGGGAGAGCCAGAGCCUCUGUGGACUCCUCCUCGAACCCAGCUGACUUGCAUCUGCCGGUGGGAGAUUUCCAUCCAGAAGAACUGACCUUGCCCCUAAAUAAAGACACUGGCAGAUCUUCCCUUAAUAACACAAUCCGAGUCAGCAUCACUAAAUUGAUACUGCAUGAAGCAAUGAUACAAUUACAAAAGAGCAGCAUUUUUAAUUUUCACAAAAUGUCUAAGUUUUCAGCUACACCUGCACGUUCAUAACUGACAAUAUACGCCGUGAUCUCACAUAACAUAAACAGUUCAUGCCUUCCGUAGCUCAGUACUAUUCAAGUCUAAACCAAACUGCAGUUUCUUGGGUGACAGCUCUUUUGUUUACAGAUCAAUGAAGGUUACCCUGAAAUGCUAGAAGCUGUCUAGGUCCAAUGUGUCAGGUUUAUUCCAGAUUAGAUUUGCCAAUAACCGAGUCAAUUCAGUAAACAACUUGAAUAUUGUCUUUGUUUUGUCUGGGUUUGCUAUUCUCACCCAUGAACAGUGAUGACUCUCUGAUCCUCUGGAAAUAUUUAAUGCUUACAAUCCUGUGUUGUGUAUCUAAUUUAAUUCAUUAUAAGGUAGUACUGAUUUUACCAUAAAGAUGUGAUUUUUUCCUUGUCCACUUUGGUCUGCGUUCAAUCUGGAAAGCUUUCCAGAGUUUCCUAACAAGUCCUAAAUAUGUAAAUUGUCAUUAUUUUGGGAAGAAAACCUGUAUUUUUGUUAGUUUACCAUAUUAUGAAAUUUCACUCCGGAAAAACCUGUUGGGAUUUUUUUUCUCUCUCUUCAUUUCUUCUUCCUUGUAUUUUUAAAUUGAUUUUUCUUUUACUUGAAAAAGAUUUUAUUUCCAAAAUCUGGUCCAUAUUUACAAUCUAGUGCAGAGCCAAGCCUUAAACUGUACAGAAUUUCCACUGUAAUUAAACUAUUUAGUGUUUAGUUAUAAAUAGUCUUCAAAAAGAUAUAUUCUCCAUUACACUGUCGACUGCAUCACACAGCCCGUGGUGAAUGUACGUUUCUGCGUAGCGAAAUAAAAAUGGUAAAUGCAUUUAAACCUCUAA